UUGCGCGGCCUCGCAUAGUUGAAACGGCCGUGAGCGGAAGAACGUCGUAAUGGCGCAACGACGAGGCUGGGAAGAGAUACGAGUCGCUGCCUUCAACAUUCAAGUGUUCGGUCGUACAAAGAUGAGAUCAAAGAAGAUAUCUCAAGUCCUGGUUCAAAUCCUUUCAAGGUAUGACAUCGUUCUGAUUCAAGAAGUUCGUGACCGUUCUGGCAAGGCCAUAAAGGAGCUACUGAAGCUCGUCAACACUCAUGCAACCGAUGGAGCAUACAAGUUGAAUAUCAGCAAACGUCUCGGUCGAACCGUUAGCAAGGAACAAUAUGCCUUCCUUUACAAGGAAGAUAGUAUUGAAGUGGUGGAUGUGUUCCAGUUUGAUGACACUGAUAUUGGAGAUGUCUUUCAAAGAGAUCCGUUUUCUGUCAAGUUCAGACUCAAGAAUUCGAAGUCGGGUCUCGCCGAAUUUGCUAUCGUCGCCAUUCACACCGACCCCGACGAAGCAAAGAGGGAGAUAUGUAACCUCACCAAGGUGCACGAGGCUGUCAGCAAGAAAUGGGAUCUCAAGGACGUGGCCAUUAUGGGCGAUUUCAAUGCCGACCUCAACUACGUCAAAGGCCAAGACUUUGUAGACAUUGAUCUGUUUACUGAUACCAAAUUCCAUUGGCUCAUUGGCAACGAAGAAGACACGACGGUGACAGCCACACAUGCCGCAUACGAUCGGAUUGUUGUGACGGGAGAGAAACUGCUGGCGGCCAUAAAGCAGGAUUCGGUCGGACCGUUUCACUUUGACGAAGAAUACGGACUCUCGGAGGAAGAAGCAUGUAAAAUCAGCGAUCACUAUCCCAUCGAGAUGACCCUUCAAAUAUCUGAAAGAAUUGAACUGCCGCAGUUGCAUGGUCAGCUAGUAAAGACAUCAGAACCGUCACAAUCCAACAAAGUCUGGAUGAUCAACGAAUUCGGGCAUAAAGUUGGCGUACCGGACGGCAUUCUAAAGUCUGUGUUUAACGUGUGCGAUGACGACAUCAAGACUCUCCCUUCCCAUCUUUGUGAGAUCAGAGAAGACGACUGCCUGAGCAACAAUGCGAUCAUAGCAAAAGCCGACGACACAGAAACCUUCCUCAUUUCUAAUGGAAUCAAGCGAGUAAUCGCUGAUAACAAGACCGUCGAUCGCUUUCACUUCAAUCUUGAUGCUGCUGUUGUGUUGCCACUUAUAGCCAUCAGCAGUAUUCCAUCUGGAAAACCGAUACAGUACCCGGAUCAGGCUCUACGACGUUUUAGAAAGCGAGGCAAGUCGAAAGGGCAUGAAGAGGAGAGAACGUCGAAAGCCAAGAGUGCAAAAACCUAA